GUUUCUAAAAUGCGCUUAUGGUCAAAGUUAUUUUUCUGUUUAAAUUUCUCGUUCAUUCUUCUGUUGCUGUUUCUUCCAGUAAUUCUUUCCGUCAAUGAGAGUCGUAAUUUGAAUAAUUCGUCGGGCAUAGAACCAAACGUUAACCUGACUUCGACCAAAAUAUCUCCAACGGAAACAACAAUUCCGACGACCAACACUAUUUCGACCAUAACACCUCCAACUACUGCACAGACAAACACAACAACUCCGGCGAACACCACUGUUUCGACUACAGAAUCUUCUACUGCAGAAACGAACAAAACAAGUUCGGAGAUAACCACCACCACAACUGUGGACCAGACGAAUAAAACAAGUCCGGAGAUGACCAACAAAACUGCGGAACAUGUGAACACAUCAACUGCGGAGAGAUCAACUGCAGAACAAACAAACAAAACAAUUCAGGCGAUAAACACCACAACCGCGGAACGUACAAACGCCUCAACUGAGGAGAUAUCAACCUCAACUACAAGACAGACGAACAAAACAAGUCCAGAAAUAACCACUACAAAACCUCUGACUGAGGGACAGACAAACAAAACAGCACCGGAGAUAAAAACCACAGCUCCGGAAAAGACGACCAACUCAACUCCAGAGACAACCACUACAACACAGAAGAACACAACAUCUACCACAACAUCGGCUACAACACAGAAGAGUACACCUUCCACCAAGAAGACGCAGAUAACAUCAACGAAAACUACAAUACCACCACUGAAUACAACAACAACCAAAUCAACAACGAUCACAAAAAAACCAACAGGAGUGUUAGAGGUUACGACGUUAUCGUCUAAUUACUCAAAAACAGUGGAAACAACAAAUAAAACAUCACAUGAAAACAAAAUAUCAGAAAACUCGACAGUUUCUGGUGCAUCAACGACAAACAUAACGACAACAGAAAAUAAUAUUACAUCAGAAAUACCACCAACUUCCACAACAGAAAUAACCGAAACAAUUUUCAAUUCAACAAUGUCAGCUUUUGGAGAAUCGAAAACAACCAAAAAAACGAAGAUAACAACAAUUACUUUUACCCAACAAAAAACUUCAAAAAUUUCAACAAUAAAUCCAACCGAAAAAGAAGAAACUACCCCAAAUAUUUUCUUUUAUUUAAGCAUUAUCUUUGCAAUUAUUAUUAUUUUAUGCUUAAUCUGUGUUUGUUAUUCGUGCCGAAAAGAGAUUUGUCAACUAAAAAUAUUUCGACGAUUUAAGAAAAAUAGAAAAAGAAGAAAAUUGAGGAAGAGGCUUACAAAGAAAAUAGAAUUUUCAAAAUAUGAUUAUGAUCCAGAAUUUUGUUAUUUCAAACCCGACGAUUUUAAGGAAGGUGGUCCUAUGAAAAUUUUUAAACAAUUGAAGGUUCCAUCAACUGCUCCUAAAAAUGUUGAAUUGGCUUCAGACCUUACAAAAAUUAACAUCAAUUUUGAAAAGAAAAUGUGUGUUAUGUACGAAAUUGGAAGUGAAAUUGAGAUUGUUGUUGAUUCGGAUGGGGAAACUGUGGUGGAAGACAGCCCGCGUACUAGCUGGAGGAAUACUUAUAUGGGGAAAAUAAGUAGAGGAUUUUAUGAAAAUGAUAAACAAGACUUGGAGAAGUUGAAUGGAGAAAGAGCAAAUAAAGUGGAUUCUGAUGGAGAAAAGUUCAAUGAAGAUAAGGAUUCUGGAACAAAAACUGAAGCAGAUGACCAAGAUGUUGCAACAGGAAGGGAAAUGGAAAAAGGAGUUGAAACAGCAAAAGGUGUAGAUACGGCAAAAAUUGUUGAUUUGAAGGAAGAAAUUAAAGAAGUAAUUGUUGAAGAGAAGAAAGAAGAAACGAAGAAAGUAAUGGAGGAACAAAGUAAUUACGAUACAAAAAUAAGUAGUGAAGAACAGAGUACAGAAAGUACUACAAAAAGAAGUGAAGAACAAAGUACUGAUACGCGAACAAUUACUUUAGAUCAGAGUAGUGAGGAAACGACAGAAGAGGAAGUUAACGAUAAUAAUGAUAAGGAAAGUAAAGAAGUAAUAAGUGUGGAUGAACAAAGUAAUUAUGAUACAAAUAUUAAAAAAUAA